AUGUCUGGAAUGGGAAUUUCGUACGGGCUCAAGCUUAAUUCAAAGGCAGCUAAAAAACGAGCUCUAAAUGAGAAACGAAGAGGAAUAUUUGAUGAUGAUGAUGAUGACGUGAAUGAAGAGCUAGAUGAUCCAAACAAGGGUACAGGUCUACAGGUGGAAGAGAUCAGAGAAAUAGGCUUCUCAGAAGAAGAAAGGCUACCUCCGACUACAGCCUUUAGUCAAAAUUUAUCUUUAGCUAAGGCGGCUAAGCCAUCCAUCAAAAUUAAUUCAAAGAAAACACUUAACAAUAAUUACGGAGAUCUCUCUACAUCCUUCACAUCUAAAAAACAUGCAGAUGCGUCGAAAGAUUUAGAUGCCAAUAUUUUUGAUUACGAUUCUAUAUACGAUAGUCUUAAACCAAAAAAGAAAAUAGUAGAGGGGUUACAUGAAAAGAAGCCUAAAUAUAUGGCUAGCUUACUGGAAGCUGCUGCCGUCAGAAAACGUGAUGCCGCCAUUGCAGAAGAGAAAAAAUUUGUAAGAGAAAGGGAGGCGGAAGGUGAUGAAUAUGCAGACAAAGAAAAGUUUGUCACCUCUGCCUAUAAGAAGCAGCAAGAAGAAAAUAGACGACUUGAAGAAGAGGAGAGGGUUCGCCACGAACAAGAGGCUAAACAGAUCAAGGAAAGUGGAAUGACUAGCUUCUACAAAAAUAUGCUUGAGAAGGGCGAACAGAAACACGCCGAAAUUGUCAAGGCUAUUAAUGAACAAAUUAAAAGUGGACGUGUUGCAGAUGAAGAUACCCAGGCCCAAGAAACAUGGGCGGAAAAAACCCGAGCCAUGAAUGGGAAGUUAUCAGGAGAAAUCAUUGUUAACGAUGAAGGAGAGGUUGUUGAUAAAAGGCAAUUAUUAACUGGAGGAUUAAACAUAGUUUCCAAGCCUAAAGCGGCAUCAUCUCUCCGGACUCAACAAGAAAUAUCUGGUAAAAGAAAAUUAGGCAAUUCUGGAGGUGUUUCAGAAAAAGAGGCCAUGCGCGAAAGACAAUCCCGAAUGAUUGAAGAACAACUUGAAAAUGCAAACAAGAGAGCUCUCGAGCAAGAAAAUGAUGAGAAAGAUAGGAUUGAACGUCUAUCAAAGAGCAAUAAGUCUGAACAAGAAAUCUUGAGUGUUAAAGAACGCUUUCUGGCGAGGAAAAGAGAGGCCGAGAAAGCUAAAAAUAAAGAGAUUUAA